AUGGACAAAAGGGGAAGCCCAGCGCGGACCAAAGGGGCGGACCAGUCCCGGACGACUCCGCCUCCUCUGUCUGUUUCUCGGUCUCCUCGUCUUCUCCGAGGUGUCUCCGUCGUCUCCGGCAAGGCACACGGCGGGUUCAUGAUCAGGAGGAUGGAUAAUCUUGCUGUUCGGUUUCACUUUGGUGGGUCAUUUCUCAAUACCGGUGGGCAGUUGCAAUAUGUUGGAGGGAGUACAGGGAUGUCCGAAGUUAAGUUGGACAAGAUAUCUUAUCCAGAGAUCAAGGGUCAUCUUGCUGAUCAUGUGACCCACUCGAGCUGCUACAGGUUGCAUUGGUUGAAGCCUGGUUGCCAAUUGUCAGAUGGCCUUUUGUUACUUACUGAUGAUGCAUCAUGCCAAUGGAUGGCUGAUAACAUGACUGAUGGAGGUGCUGCAGACAUAUAUGUCGAGGAAGUCUAUGGUAUGCAGUGUGUUGAGCAGAGUCCUGAGAAAAAGGAUAAGGAUUGGAGGAGUUUUAUGCAGUUCUAUAGAUCCCCACCUAAGAUUUCACAAGACUACAAUGAGGCUGAAUGCUAUAUGAGUGGUAGAAGCGAAUAUGAGCAGAGCUAUGUUGAUGGUUCUGCUGAUGACGAGGUAGAUGAUGCUGAUGGCAAUGCUCAUGAAGACAGCAGUGACAAUGACACAUCAGAUGAAGAGUACAAGCAGCCACCAGAAGAUGACAGUUCUGCUGAUGAUGAAGAAGGCCAACAGUUCAAGAAAUUUGCAAAAGAGAUUAAGCGCAAUAUAAAGGCUAAGAAGCUUGGAGUCCAUGGGAGCCAGCUUGGAGAAAUCAGGCUUGAAGAUGUUGUGGCCGAAGUGCCAAACUUAGAUGAUCCUGGUAGCCCAUGCUACGACUCUAGUGAUGCCUAUUCCUAUGAAGAAGACAGUGAUGGAGAGACACAAAGGUGGAAGAGCAUAGAGAACCGAUAUGACAGCAAGGCUGCAGUUCCUAUCUUCACACUUGGAAUGGCCUUUAGGAGCAGUAGGCAAUUCAAGAAGGCAGUGGUGAAAUAUGGCAUAGCAACUCACAAGCACAUCAAGUUUGUAAAGGAUGAGAAGAAAAAGGUGAGGGCUAUGUGUACUUGGAAAGGUUGCAAGUGGCUGAUAUAUGGUUCCAUCACCAGCAGGUCUGAGUGGUUCAAAGUUGUUACCUUUGUUGAUGAACAUACUUGCCCACCAAGGAGAGACAACAAGUUGGUCACAUCAAACGUGAUUGCAAAACAUUAUUACAGUGAAAUCAAAGAUAAUCCCACCUGGAAGGUUGGCCUUAUCAAGAAAGCAGUGCUUAAAGACCUGCUUGCAGAUGUGUCCAUUGCCAAGUGCAAGAGAGCAAAAUCAUUAGUUCUAAAGGCUGCUCUAGAUUCCAUGAAGGGUGAGUACACUAGGGUUUAUGACUAUCAGGCCGAGCUUCUUAGGAGCAAUCCUGGCUCAACAGUUGUGGUCUGUUUAGACCCUGAAAUUGAGGACAGGCAUGUCUUUGAAAGGUUCUAUAUUUGCUUUGAUGCUCUGAAAAAAGGAUUCAAAGCUGGAUGUAGAAGGGUAAUAGGAUUGGAUGGGUGUUGGUUCAAAGGUGCCAACAAUGGGCAGUUGCUCUGUGCAAUAGGUAGAGAUGGUAAUAAUCAAAUGUACCCUGUUGCUUGGGCUGCUAUGGCAACUGAAACAUAUGAAUCCUGGUACUGGUUUCUAGGGCUGCUACAGAAAGAUCUCGACAUCUGCAAUGGAGGGGAAGAUUGGGUGGUAAUAUCUGACCAACAAAAGGGCUUGCUAAAGGCAGUGAGUGAACUGGUUCCUAAUGCUGAACACAGGAUGUGUGCAAGGCAUAUAUAUGCAAAUUGGAGGAAGAUACAUACAGAUAAGGAGUUGCAAAAGAAAUGGUGGGGUUGUGCUAAGGCACCUAAUAGAAUACUUUUCAAUUACAAUAGGGCCCGCCUAGCUCAAGAUACACCACAAGGGGCUCAGGAUAUGAUGAAGACUAGCCCUGAGCACUGGAGCAGAGCAUUCUUCAGGUUGGGAUCCAAUUGUGACUCCGUGGACAAUAAUCUGUGUGAGAGCUUCAACAACUACAUCAUGGAUGCAAGAUUCUUUCCUGUUAUUUCCAUGAAUGAAGCAAUUAGGAAGAAGUUAAUGGUGAGGAUUCAAGAGAACAGAGCAAGGGCAGAGAAGUGGACAGGGACAAUUUGCCCUAACAUUUUCAAGAAGCUGAAGGUCAACAUCAUAAGGUCAGGCAAAUGUGAUGUGCUGUGGAAUUGA